UUCCGCUGCGCUCUUAUUUCACGCUCAGAUCGAGAAAGACGCGCAGCUCGAGUUCCGAUUAUCAUCGACGCGAAGUCUUCCUCAGACACACAGAAGAACAUUAAAACACAAACGCUUCGUCCUAAAGCGACGUUUGCGCUUCGGGGACACCCGUUUUUCUUUCCUUUGUUUAGUUACUCGUCUCACCGACCGGCGUCAACAGGAGCCGCGGGACGCGAGCAAGAGCGGCAUACCGGCGAACAAAGAAACCCGUUUGUGUUCGACAUCAGCCCUCAACACCCGUUAGUUAUGAGUCAUGUGGCCGUCGAGAAUGUGCACGGUCUAGACCAGCAGCUCGCUGCCCUAGACUUGAACUCCGCUGAUGUUCAAGGAGUCCCUGGAAGGCGCUACAUUCCACCUCAUUUAAGGAACAAAGAAGCUUCCAAAAAUGAUUCUCCCGGAGGAUGGGAUAACGGACGCAGCAAUGGCUUCGUGAACGGCUGCCAUGAUGGCCGAGACAACCGCAUGAAUGGGGGCAACAGUUUCGGUGGCCGCGGCUCCAUGCGCAACGACCGCGGAGGAAGAGGAGGCUUCAGAGGUAAAACCAGCGGCUCCUACAACCCCAUCCAGCCAAUGCAGAGCGCAGGAUUUGGUUAUGACAACAAAGAUGCCAGUGGCUGGAAUGCCCCAAAAGACACUGCCUACAACAGCUUUGGCGGCCGCUCUGACCGGGGCAAAUCAUCUUUCUUCAAUGACCGCGGGUCUUCAUCCAGGGGGCUGUACGAGCGUGGAGGUUUUGGCGGCGGUGGGAGCAGCCGAUGGGUGGAGGACUCCAGAGACGAUGAAGACUGGUCCAAACCGUUGCCUCCCAAUGAGCGUGUGGAACAUGAGCUCUUCUCUGGAAGCAACACAGGGAUUAACUUUGAGAAGUAUGAUGACAUUCCUGUUGAAGCCACAGGCCAGAACUGUCCACCACAUAUUGAGAGUUUCCAUGAUGUAGAUAUGGGAGAGAUCAUUAUGGGAAAUAUAGCCCUGACCCGCUACACACGGCCCACUCCUGUCCAGAAGCACGCUAUUCCCAUCAUCAAGACUAAGAGAGACCUGAUGGCGUGCGCACAGACAGGUUCUGGUAAGACUGCAGCCUUCCUGCUGCCGGUGCUGAGCCAGAUAUACACUGAAGGACCGGGAGAGGCGCUGCAGGCUGUGAAGAACAGUGCACAGGAAAAUGGGAAAUAUGGCCGCCGUAAGCAGUAUCCCAUUUCACUGGUUUUAGCCCCAACAAGGGAACUGGCGCUCCAGAUCUACGAUGAGGCCAGGAAGUUUGCGUACCGCUCUCAUGUGCGGCCCUGUGUGGUGUAUGGAGGCGCUGAUAUCGGUCAGCAGAUUCGUGAUCUGGAGAGAGGCUGCCAUCUGCUGGUGGCCACUCCUGGGCGUCUGGUGGACAUGAUGGAGAGGGGCAAGAUCGGCCUGGACUACUGCAAGUAUCUGGUGCUGGAUGAAGCAGACCGCAUGUUGGACAUGGGCUUCGAGCCACAGAUUCGUCGUAUCGUCGAGCAGGACACCAUGCCGCCCAAAGGGCUUCGUCAGACCAUGAUGUUCAGUGCCACCUUCCCCAAGGAGAUCCAGGUGAGCUCUUCAUCUCAUCCAACAGGUAAAGAAUCUUUGACCUUGGUGUUUGUUGAGACCAAGAAGGGAGCGGAUGCUCUGGAGGACUUCCUGUAUCGUGAGGGCUACGCCUGCACCAGUAUCCACGGCGACCGUUCCCAGAGAGACCGUGAGGAAGCGCUCCAUCAGUUCCGUUCAGGGAGAUGCCCCAUCUUAGUAGCCACGGCUGUGGCUGCUCGUGGUCUGGACAUCUCCAACGUGAAGCACGUCAUUAACUUUGACCUGCCUAGUGACAUCGAGGAGUACGUCCACCGCAUCGGGCGAACCGGUCGCGUGGGAAACCUUGGUCUUGCCACAUCAUUCUUCAAUGAUAAGAAUAGCAACAUCACCAAGGAUCUGCUGGACAUCGUGGUGGAGGCCAAACAGGAAGUCCCCUCCUGGCUGGAGAGCCUGGCCUAUGAGCACCAGCACAAGAGCAGCAGCCGCGGGCGCUCCAAGAGGUUUUCUGGUGGUUUUGGUGCCAGAGACUACCGUCAGACCAGCACCAGCGGUGGAGGCUUCGGGAGUCGCGGCGGCCGUAACACCGGUGGUCACGGAGGAAACCGUGGAUUUGGCGGGGGUGGCUUUGGUAACUUCUACAGCAGUGAUGGCUAUGGAGGAAACUAUUCGCAGGUGGACUGGUGGGGAAACUAAGACUCCUUCCUUCACCUCUUCACUCCCCACGAUGACAGUGGAUCACCAUGCCAAACUCACUGAAUGGAAACCACAUGUACCAUAGCCAGACUGUAUACCCUGUGUAGCUUUGAAGAACUUUGCAGUACAUUACCAGCUGUGAUUCUCUGACCACAUCCGGAGAAGCUUGAGCUCCGUGGGACUCGGGGAUGCCGGGAUUUCUGGAGGUUUGACUGUAGCAGGACACGCUCUCGUGCCGAAGGGGGAACGGAGGCUGAAGUUUGCUUUAGAUUCUUGGACUCUAGUUUUCCACUACAUCUCAUUUCUUUAUACUAAACGAGAAUCAUUUGUUUGUUAAUGUACUGUGCCUUUACAUUUAGACUCGCUGUGUUUUGUUUGUUUUCCAUUCUUCUUUUUAAAUGUCUGGCUGACAAUUGUUUUCCCCCUUUUUUUUUUUGUUUUUUUUUUUUGUUCUCCCCGCUCGAAAGAUUUGUUUGGAUGGUAUAACAAAAGCUUGGAUGUAAUCAAACCUUGGCAAAGUCUGGGAUGGUCUGUCACAACCUCAUUUUGAACUGAAAUUUUGUAUGGGGUCACCUGACCCCCUCGAUUGGCUUGAGGUCUCUUGUGUGGUAAAACUAUCACAAGGGGGUGAAAAAUAUUGAAUGUUGGAAGGAAAAGAUCUCGCUCACUCUAUCCUGGAGAGGCAUCAAUAAGAGACGGUAGUCUUCUGAGAAAGAAACCAAGCCAUUCCAGUAUAUUAUUUUAAAUUUCGAUGUUGUGACGAACCGCGUCUGCCUCCCGCCGCUCCGCUUCAUAACCGAACCGUAGAGGCCGCUAGUUCAGAACCACAUGCUAGCUGUUCAGCGGUGUUGGAUUAACUUUUUUUUUUUUCUUUUUUUUCUUGAACCGUCGUGCAGGUAGCAAUUGGAUUUAUCAUUUUCUUCCUUUGAAAUCCAGUCGAUGAACGGUGGGCUUGUGGCAGCUUCCGCAGUGAAGCGUUGGAAUGGCUUCUCUAGGACCACGAGGUCUAGCGGACGAGCCCAGAAAGCCCAGCUCGUCUCUGAAGAAAUCCGCAUGCUAGUGUUCUUGUUUUUUGGUCAAGGA